AUGACGCGUCCGACUGCUCCAAUUUUGACGGCAGACUACUACACCUAUUCAACGUACUCGCAGCAAGACGAUUUCUAUGGUGGAUUUGAGGCUAGAAAUGGGAGUGUUAAUACGGGACCAACUCGAAUGGAACCAAUUAUAUGCAAAAAUCAGUCCCGUAAAAUAGUGAAAGAGGAUACCGCAUCAGCGCAUUGUAUCACCUUCAUCUACUUCGCACUCGCCAUGAUUGUCAUCGCUUUCAACUGCUAUAUUUACUACUACGGGAUUCGUAAUAAAAUGGUUUUCUACAUUACUGCUUUAAUGGGUUUCAUAGUUUUCACCAGUCUCUUAAUGCACGUCGGAAUUGUCCGUCGCCAUCCAUUUUUGUGCAUCCCAUUUGUUGUGUGCAGGACCAUGGAAGCUUUCAUUUGCAUUUGCUUCAUGUGUGUUUUCGGGUACUCACUGUUCGAUAGAAAAAAUGACUUCUACAUUUUUUUCUUGGAAUGCACAAAAUUUGUUGCGCAAUUCCUUCCAAAACAUUAUAACAUCGACUUAGCUGAUGCUACUCUUCAACUCUGCAUUGUUGGAUUUGUUCUUUCGCUUCUUCUUCUAUCCAUUUCGGUAUACGUUUGCCGUGUUUCCUUCGAAUGUACUACCUGGGUCGCUGAUCAAUUCCGUGCUAAGCGCAUCCAGCAAUCCUACGACUCAUCCCGUGCCAGAAUCGCCAGUGAUGAAUUCUACUGCACUUAA